UUUUAAAGGCCCCUUGGAGCUGCAUGGCAGGCAGAAAUUCAGCCGAUGCUGUCUAAGCAGGGGCUUUUUUGCAGGUGAGAAGAGGAAGGUCACCUGUCCUGGCCAGGUGAGGCAGCCUCGCCUAGACAGAGAAGAAACCCAGGAAGCUCUGGAUGGCCGACCCUUGCUCCGAAAGGCCGAAGGUGUGGGCGAUGGAGACCUUUCGGGUAGCCCAGUCUCCCCCAGCGGCAUAUUAUAUUCCAGACUUCAUCAGCGAGGAAGAAGAGCAUUACCUUUGGCAGCAAGUUUAUAAUGCACCCAAGCCCAAGUGGACACAGCUGUCUGGCAGGAGACUGCAAAACUGGGGAGGGCUGCCCCACCCGAAGGGCAUGGUGGCAGAGAAAUUGCCCCCCUGGCUGCAGCGUUACGUGGAUCGGGUGUCUUCCCUUGGGGUUUUUGGAGGAAAGCCAGCCAAUCACGUCUUGGUGAACGAAUACCAACCCGGCCAGGGCAUCAUGCCACACGAAGACGGACCGCUGUAUUAUCCCACCGUUACCACCAUCAAUCUGGGGUCCCAUACUCUCCUGGACUUCUAUCAUCCCGUCACCGGAGAGGCAUCUCCCCAAAGCCAAGAGAAUUCAUCCCCGCCGACCCAGGAGGAGCGCCACGCCUUCUCCCUCCUCCUGAAGCCCCGCAGCCUCCUGGUCUUGCAGGACGAUCUGUACGUGCGCUACCUUCAUGGCAUCCGCCCUGUCACAACGGACACCGUGACGCAGAAAGUGGCCAACGCCGGCCUGUGUGGCUGCGAGUUUGGGGACACGUUGCCACGUCAGACACGGGUGUCCCUCACCAUCCGCCACGUCCCCAAAGUGCUGAAAACAUCCAUUAUCCUCGGGCGGAGGAAGUGACCGGCAUUUUGCAUGGCAGGGGUGGCGCCCCCCCCCUCCCCCCAGGAGGAGGUGAGAAAGGAAGAGCUGCGAGGUCCCCUCCUCACAAUCACCAGCGUUGGGUCUGUGUGUGUAACUGUGCAACUUCAAACGGACGUCGGCAUGCUUGGCCCCCCAAAAAAUUGCUAUUUUUUUUUUCCCUCCCCGGCAUGCUAAAACUAUGCAAAUAAACUCCCAAGAAUUGUAAACAAGUUUAUUCGGCACUUCCUAAUUAGGUCAAGGAUGAAACGGUUUCAAACAAGCCAGCUACUUUGCCCUCCGGCCAACGUUCAAACACUUUCAAAGAUUAAGGUUCCCCAGAUGUUCUGAGAAAAUUAUGUUUAUUAUGUCAGUUGCUUAUAAAAAAACAGUUUUUAAGAAAAGGAAGCGAGAGGGAUUUUCUCAAACUGCGCGGAGGCCAAUUGGGACUCGUCUUUUCCUGCCACGUGAUGGACAAAGUUUAUUUUAUUGUAUUUAUUAAAUUUCUACACUGUCCCCCUCACCUGAGUUGUGUGAUGCUCCCGUUAGCCAUCCGUCCAUGUGACUAGCGGAGAAGGAUAAUGGGAUCUGUAGUUCCAGUAACACAGAGAGGGGAUCAUUCUUUCCACCAAGCUUUUUAGGCACUUUGAUUUUUGGGGGUUUGCCAUCUUUUGGGUAGAAUAAUAAUAGGCGAUAAAUUGAAGAAAGAAAAAAUACAGUCACACAUUCGGCCUGUUUUGAUGCUCUGCAAAAUACAAAUAUUGCUAUUUGCACCUGCCUGACAUGGCUGCCCACCUGAAAGUCCCAUUUCUCCCCUCCCGGAUUUGAGAUUUUGCAAAAACAAAGGCAAACAUUUUACUCCCUGGUCGGCUUCCUUGUUUGGUUUAGCGUAAUUGUGAUGAUUUUGGUCUGCUUUUUUGGACUCUGGAGCCCGGCGGUGGUGGCUGUUUGGGGCCAAAGGUUGGAUCCCUGUGAGGCAGACUGAGAUACCGCCGAGUUCAAUCUUGAUAAAGCCUUUCUGACGUUUACACCCGUCUAGGUUAUCAGGUUUCUGAAUUGUACUUUCUGAAACUCUGGUUGUGACUUUCUUUUCAGCGCAAAGAAAUAAAGCCUAUUUCGGGAA